CUAAAAUAUCCAUGUGCAUGCGCAACGACAAAAUCAGAUUGAUUGUGGAAUCUCAUGUAGCACAAGAAUUAGAUUUGAACAACUUCUUUCUUAUUUUUUAUUGAUGAUGCAUUUCAUCUUUUCAUUCUCAUUCUCAUUUGCUUCUUUCCAUCUGAAAAAGUUGCAGACAUGUUCAACAUUCCAGAACUCGACAAUAUCGUGUGUCAACAACUGAAUCGACAUGAUAUGGCUCAGUGUGUCUGUGUCUGCAGACGAUGGCACAGCAUCGUUGCCCCUUAUCUUUGGUAUGAUAUUGGAUCCGUUUGGGGCGAAUUCAACAGGCAGGCCUUUCGUAGAUUGGUGUUGAACGAUUAUUAUCUCUAUGCUCAACAGCGACAAGGGCAACUAAAACAAGAUCAAUAUCAAUAUCAAGACCAAGAACAAGAACAAGAACAAGAACAAGAACAAGAACAAGACCAAGAACAAGACCAAGACCAAGACCAUGACCUGUAUAUACAAGAGCAAUAUGAUGAUCUACAAGAACUCUCUCACAGCUUUUUCGUACCUCCAUUGACAAAAUAUGGCUCCAUGAUCAAAAAGAUACCUAAACACGCAGAUUUCCUCCGAUACUUUCAACCCCCGUCGCCCGAUUCAAAAACAGCACUAACGAAUCCAUAUGGACAAGGACAAGAGAAAGAACUACAACAGCAACAACAACAAAUCGAAAAAAAACCCACACCGCAACAGCUGUAUCGUCAUUUUCUAAGUCGAUGCCACGCGAUUGAACAUCAUGAUCAGCUCUCCAUAUCUAUUGAUGAUCUAAUGUCAGAUGACGCCUUAAAGACCUAUGGCAUGUUAGCCCCACAUGCUCGAGUAUUAAGAACUGACACGUCCAAGCCCCACGAGAAUACUGUAGAGCCUUGGAAACUCAAAUAUAUUUUGACAAGAUGUACAAGCAAAUUGAGGGUCUUGAAUCUUCGAUUUAUCGCCGUUGGCUCGAAAAAUAAUCCGAUGAUGAAUAAUAAAGACUUAUCAAUAACAAGAGCAGCAGCAGCAGUAACAACAACAGCAAUAAAGGCUGAACACACAGGACCGGAACUGAAUAUCAAGACCAUUAACUUGUAUGGAUGCCAUAGUGAUCUAGCAUCCAGACCGUUUUGGCUAUGGUUAUGGCAGCAAUGUCGUUAUGUGGAGUGUUUAGAGAUCGGUGAGGUCAAUCAGUUGGUUGCUCAAACACUUGUCAGCUCCAUGCCGACUUGUAUGCCUGCUCUCGAGCGGCUUCACUUGGGAGGCAAUGAUGGUUACAGGAGUACUUUGACCGAUCAUCACAUCUCAGAAUUGAUCACUGGAUCCCCUCAAGGUUUGAAGUCGAUCGUAGCUACGGGCACAAUCUCUUUUUUAAGGGAUUCGCUCUCGUCCUUGACUAGUCAUUUCGCAACUUUGGAAACAUUGAUCAUACCAGCCAAUUAUCGAUUGGACGGCAACAGUCUUUUACCUAUCCUCUCAUAUUGUCCUAGAUUGCAUACAUUGGAUACAGUUCUGAUACAGGGCUAUUCAGAUGUAGUGCUUUGUAAAAUGGACAUGGAUAUAUUUAUUGAUCUGGACCCAAAAACCAAUACAUUAAUUCCAUGGGCAUGUGAGAACACCCUCAAGGUCCUCAAGCUCAUGAUCACAGGUGUACCAAGGCCAGAUCUGCUAAGAGAAGAUGAAGUCAUUAUAGUCCCUGAAAAGCAUGUAGAUGGAAGUGGCAUUGAUACUGGGGAUGAUGGUGGUAUUGGUGGAAGGAAGCCCCAGUGUCAAGUGUACGAGCGUCUUGGAAGAUUUGUAAAUCUAGAGGCAUUGUGGCUAGGACAUAAUCCCUUUAUGACAUACAAUUUCUAUCAUACAGAGGAACACGAUCGUGGAUAUCAACUUCAAUGUUUGGAAAUGACUGUCGAGAGUGGAUUGGAUCGGCUUAUCAGCUUGAAGUCUCUCAAGGAACUGGACGUGUCAGAUUUGGAGACCCGGAUCGGAUUAGUGGAUGUCCAAUGGAUGACCAAGCAUUGGCCACAACUCCACACCAUUGCGGGCUUAAGCCCUCAUACAGAUGACGAAAGAGCUAUCAAAUGGCUUCAACAUUAUUAUCCAGAUAUCAGGUUACCAGCGAGCGAGUUGUUUUGGGUAUGAUUUGUCUUGCGAGACUACCCCAUCUCUGGUGAUCCGAAAUCAC